GCUUUGUACAUCUUUAUGGAGCCUGUCCUUACUCGGUGGCCUUUCAACAAGUUGAUUCGAAAGAAAGCAUUAGAUGUUACAAUGGAGCACAUACAUUACGAAGAUGAGAACAGUCGUUACAUUACCAUUGGAUGUGUUGAGAAGGUUUUAUGUAUGUUAGCUUGUUGGGUUGAAGAUCCUAAAGGAGAUCAUUACAAGAAACAUCUUGCUAGAGUCCAAGAUUACAUUUGGAUUGCUGAAGAUGGAUUAAAAAUGCAGAGUUUUGGAAGUCAAGAAUGGGAUUGUGGGUUUUCCGUCCAAGCAUUGCUAGCUUCUAAUCUUAGCCUCGACGAAAUUGGACCUGCUCUUAAGAAAGGCCACUUCUUCAUAAAGAGUCACAAGUAAAA